UGCAGCCCGAGCCGCAUGACGCGCGGAGGAGGCAGCGGGAGCCGCCGGAGCCGCAGAAGCCGGGAUCAGGGCGCCGCGCGCUGGGGGUGGGCGCCGCUCGCUCCGCCCCGCGAAGCUCCUGCGCGCCCAGGGACGCGUCCCCCCCGCGGCAGCCGCGCCAGGCUCCGCCGUGUGGCCGCCGCCGCCGCCGCCACCGCCGCUGCCAUGUCCCCGGGGAAGCCCGGGGCGGGCGGAGCGGGGACUAGGCGGACGGGCUGGAGGAGGAGGAGGAGGAGGCGGCGGCUGGAGGCGGCGACGAGGGCGCCCGCACUCGGGCGCACGGCGGGGCCCGACUCGCGCGUCCCGGGCACGUUCCAGGGCGCGCGGGGCAUGAAGCGGGCGGCGCGGGAGGCGCGGCCGCCUCCGCGCUCGCCGGGGCUGCGCUGGGCGCUGCCGCCGCUGCUGCUGCUGUUGCGCCUGGGCCAGAUGGUGUGCGCAGGUGACUCUGUUUCCAUCAAUACAACCAGUGUGACCACAACAUGGGAAAACACGGGCAGCACUGUUUCUGAGUAUGCACGUACAGAAAGGAGCAAGGUGGAGAGUAGGUGGACCACCACUGAUGAAAAUCCAGCAAGGAAUGGCACCACAGGCUUUAGUCCAACAACUUCAUACACGUCCUUUGUCACUUCAGAAAUAGUCACUACGACUUCGAGAGAUCCCACAGCUGGAAAUGACACAACAGAGCCGAGUCCGGUUUCUGGUCUUCGCGUUUCCUUCGUGGGGGUGACGCAAGCUACUCUUACCUGGAAGGAAGCGAACGGCACCGCCACCUGCCGGCUGCUCCUUGAAGGCAUCGGGGGUCCUGAGGGGAUGACUCAAGACCUGGUGGUCAAUAUAUCGGGCCUGACACCAGGGACUCAACACAAGGUCACCCUGCCUCUUUCAGAACCAAAUGAACAGAGCGAGUCCUCGGUCACAGACAGUGGCUUAGAUGUCAACAACACAGAGAGCUCCUCCCAGCAGCCCCGGACCCCCACUGCCGGGGUGUAUGAAUACCACCUCGAUCCCAAAAACCUGUCUUCUCACCAGCCUCUGGCCCAAGACACGGAAGUCCUACUGUUCGGGUUGAAGUCCAACACGCAGUACAAGGCCACUGUUUAUUCUCAAGCGGCAGAUGGCACAGAAGGACAGCCCCAAAACAUAACUUUCAGGACAGUGGCCAGUCAAGUUUUUGACGUUGAAAUUAUGAACAUCAGUGCGACGCACAUGACCCUGGCCUGGAAAAUCAACGAUAAUGAGUCAUCCUCUCUCUAUACCUAUGAGAUCCAGGUUGCUUGGCCGACUGAUUCCUUCAUCCUCAAUGUCAGUGAUACUUGGGUCAACAUCCCUUCACUCAACUCCAGUACCUUAUACAACAUCACAGUGCGCCCUUUCCUUGGCAACGGUUCUGAGGGCGUGUCGGGUUUUCUCCAAGUGUACACCCCCCCUGGUCCAGUUUCUGACUUUAGAGUGACGAAUGUCAGCACAAGGGCAAUUGGCUUAGCUUGGAGGAGCAAUGACUCAGAUUUCUUUAAGAUACUUACCAGAAAGGAGGGAAGUAGAGAACCUCAGGAGAACACGACCAGCGACCAAAGUAUUGUCAUUGGUGGCUUAUUCCCCGGAACCAUGUAUGUUUUUGAAAUAUUUCCAAGAGGACCAAAUGGGACUGAAGGGGAUCCCCAGACAGUUCGCAAUAGCACUGACCUCAGUGCCGUCUUUGACAUCCGUGUGCUCCAGUUCACCACGACCGAAAUGGAGUUGGAGUGGCAGAAUACGGACAGUGCUUCUGACUAUACCUACUGCCUGCAUGUAUGGUCCAAGAAUGGCUUCAACAAGACAAACAGUUCUCACAAAGCCAUCACUCUCAAAGACUUGGUUCCAGGCACGUUAUACAACAUCACAGUCUUUCCAGAAGUGAACCGCGUCGUGGGCAAGUCUGGCUUCACUGCACAGUACACACGGCCCAGCAAUGUGUCCAAUAUUGAAAUACAUACCAACACCACAGCAGCAUCCUUAAUUUGGCACAACUCUGAUGAAGCUUCUGAUACGUACAUCUACCACCUUCUUAUUGAGAAGGAUGGAAAUUCCAGCAGGGCAACACAACUUGUCACAGACAUGGGUGUCACCAAUGCCACAGCCACUGAGUUGAUACCUGGCUCGGCAUACACAGUGGAGAUCUUCACCCUAGUGGGGAACACCACCUGGUCCCUGGCUCCUAGCUGGCAGUCAUUCUGUACAGAUCCUUUACCAGUAGCCUCCUUCCACUGCGAAGUUGUCCCCAAAGAGCCAACCUUGAUUCUCAAGUGGGCCUGCCCUCCCGGCACCAACAUGGGCUUCCAGCUGGAGAUCAGCAGAGGAGCUUGGAAAAAUGUGACAGACCUGGAGAGCUGCUCCUCAGAGAACGGCACUGAGUACAGGACGGAAGUCACAUAUUUGAACUUUUCUACCUCCUACAACAUCAGCAUCGCUGCCUCUUCCUGUGGCAAGAUGGCGUCUCCCACCCAAAACACCUGCCUCACUGGCAUCACAGACCCCCCUUCUCCAGAUGGAUCCCCGAAUAUCACGUCCAUCAGUCACAAUUCAGUAAAGGUUGAGUUCAGUGGGUUUGAAACCAGGCACGGACCCCUCAAAGCCUAUGCGCUCAUUCUCACCACUGGGAACGCUGCUCACCCGUCUGCAGAUGUUUUGAGGUAUACGUAUGAGGAUUUCAAAAAGGGGGCCUCAGACACCUACGUGACAUACCUCAUAACAACAGAAGAAAAGAGACGUUCUCAGGGCUUGGCUGAAGUCUUGAAAUACGAAGUCGAUGUUGGGAAUGAGUCAACCACGCACGGUUAUUACAAUGGGAAGCUGGAACCCCUGGGCUCCUAUCGGGCUUGUGUGGCUGGCUUCACCAACAUCACCUUUAACCCUCACCGUAAGGGACUCAUAGAUGGGGCCGAGAGCUACGUGUCCUUCGGUCCCUAUUCAGAUGCAGUGUUCUUGCCCCAGGAUCCAGGUGUCAUCUGCGGAGCAGUGUUCGGGUGCAUCUUUGGUGCCCUGGUAAUUGUGGCUGUGGGAGGCUUCAUCUUCUGGAGAAAGAAAAGGAAAGAUGCGAAGAAUAAUGAAGUAUCCUUUUCUCAAAUUAAACCUAAAAAAUCCAAGUUAAUCAAAGUGGAGAAUUUCGAGGCCUACUUUAAGAAACAACAAGCGGACUCCAACUGUGGGUUUGCGGAAGAAUAUGAAGAUCUGAAGCUCGUUGGAAUUAGUCUACCUAAAUAUGCGGCAGAACUGGCUGAGAAUAGAGGAAAGAAUCGCUAUAAUAAUGUUCUGCCCUAUGAUAUUUCCCGUGUCAAGCUUUCCGUCCAGACCCACUCAGCUGACGACUAUGUCAAUGCCAACUACAUGCCCGGCUACCAUUCCAAGAAAGAUUUUAUUGCCACACAAGGGCCUUUGCCCAACACUUUGAAAGAUUUCUGGCGUAUGGUUUGGGAGAAAAAUGUAUAUGCCAUUGUUAUGUUGACCAAAUGUGUCGAACAGGGAAGGACCAAAUGUGAGGAGUACUGGCCCUCCAAGCAGGCUCAGGACUAUGGGGACAUAACGGUGGCAAUGACAUCAGAAGUUGUUCUUCCAGAGUGGACCAUCAGAGACUUCACGGUGAAAAAUAUCCAGACAAGUGAGAGUCACCUUCUGCGACAGUUCCAUUUCACCUCCUGGCCGGACCACGGUGUUCCUGACACCACUGACCUGCUCAUCAACUUUCGGUACCUUGUUCGUGACUACAUGAAGCAGAGUCCUCCUGAGUCACCCAUUCUGGUUCAUUGCAGUGCUGGGGUUGGAAGGACAGGCACGUUCAUUGCCAUUGAUCGUCUUAUCUACCAGAUAGAGAAUGAGAACACGGUGGAUGUGUAUGGGAUUGUGUAUGACCUUCGAAUGCACAGGCCUUUAAUGGUGCAAACAGAGGACCAGUAUGUUUUCCUCAACCAGUGUGUUUUGGAUAUUAUCAGAUCCCAGAAGGACUCAAAAGUAGAUCUCAUCUACCAGAACACAACCGCAAUGACAAUCUAUGAAAACCUUGCACCCAUGACUGCGUUUGGAAAGACAAAUGGUUAUAUCGCCUAAUUCCAAAGUCAGACAUUUCUGGAGUUACCCAGACCGUCACACCCACAGCAAAGGAAAAUGCCCCGAUGUGGACAUGUUUUUAUAUGUCUAAUAUCUUAAUUCUUUGUUCUGUUUUGUUAGAACUAAUUUGAGGGUGUGAGGUUGCACAUGUACGACAUGACAGAUGAGAAGUUGGGGCUGUCAGGGGCUGUGGAUAGGUGGUGAGCUAAUCAAUGACAUUCCUGAUCACCAAUGGGAUGAGUUCACUUUUUGUUUUGUUUUUUUUUUUUUUCUCUAGAGAAUUACGGAACACCAGGAAAAGCGAGCUAUGAUUUUUUUUUUCUUUUUCAAAACAGAUUCUUUUUAAAAAAGACUAUUUUAUAUGAUUCACAUGCUAAAGCCAGGAUUGUGUUGGGUUGAAUAUAUUUUAAGUAUCAGAGGUCUAUUUUUACCUACUGUAUCUUGGAACCUAGCUGAUGGAAAAUACAUAAUUGUGGAUGAUUAUCAUGUAGGGAGGGGUACGUGGUGCCUCUUCUGCCUGGGUUUUCUAUUUGAACAUGUGCCUUUUCUGAAUUAUGCUUCCACAGGCGAAACUCAGUAGAUAUCUCUAUUUUUGUAUUGAAUCUCAUAAUUGGAAUAUACGGAAUAUUUAAACAGUAGUUUAGUAUCCAAGAUUCAGCCUUCUCAGUAACAUUCCUGUUCUCAUUUGACUAGAGGAGGCUUCCCUCUCCCCCUCUACUUCUCCUCUCCCCUGUUUUGUGCUCUAUUCUUUCUUCCCUUUUCCCCUUCCCUUUUCCCCAAAGACACUUCUGUUGGCCACAUUUUCAGCCCAUUGGUUGAGUGAGAGUGGAAACCAGGUAUCACCUUGAGAAUUUCUGGGGGGGUGGGGAGGGAAGCAGAGGAACUCUACAGUGACAUAAUCUCCUUUUUCUUGUCCCUGUUCUAUCCUUUUUCUUGUUUCUGUAUUUGGUAAGAAGGAUUAUUUAAAGGUGCAAUAUGUGACUUAGUGAUUCAUGAUGCUCUAGGUUUUUAGUGAUGUUUUACUCAGGUUGGCAUUUUAUGUGUGUCCACGUGUCCGUGUAUAUGUGGGUGUGUCUGUUUAAAAGCGUGGCAAUCUGUGAACACUUCCGUGUGAAAACAGUGUCUGAUUAAUCCCUCCUCCCUCAGAGUCCACUGGCUUUAGUCUAUCUGCAGUGACACACAUCCGUAUCUACUGUAUAUAUAUAUACUAAACUCUUAAAACAGUCAUUCCUUUGAAUUGAGGUGUACAAAGUUUGAAUUUGUAUCAAAGAUGUAAUUAUUUUUAAAACCUCUUUUCACUAUACUGCUGCUGUAAUUACUUUUGAUUUUUUUUAAUGUAGAUUAAUUUUUUUUUUUUUUUUUUUUUGCUUCAGGUGUUGUAUCCACCAAGAAUUUCAGAAUUUACGUGGAUUUAUUUUAUUGGUACAUAAUCUGUAAACUUCUCAAGGCAUUAACAUGAAAGGAUUUGUUUCUUUUUAUUUUAUAUUGUGGCUCAGGUUAUAUUUUGAAGAAGUUUUGUGUUUAUCCUCCUAUAGGCAACGAAGUAUAUAAGGUCUUAUGAAGGAAUUACCAAGUCCCUGGAAUCCUGUGGCCAUUUUCCACAGUAAUAAAUCCUGCUGUAAACUUAGGACCAUUGUGUCCGAGUGAAAACGGGAGCGGGGUCUUCUCCGAGUGCCCUGGUCACCGUUGACCUGGGGGAGCCCGUCUCCUGACCCUGCCAUGUUCCUCACUCUGACACUUUGAGAGCUGACUGGACAUGCUAGUGGGUUAUGAAGGGUGAACCACAACCGAAAGCCCUUGAUUCAGUUCGGAGGUUUAGCGCGUGUACGUCUUUUGUCCCCCUUUUCCCUUUGAGGUACUGAAAGGAUUAAAAGGAGAGGUGGUGACGGUGUCGCGUCUGGGGAGAACUUCCUUCCCACAGAGAAAUUGCACUUUUUGCCGAAUCCUUUGCUCUCUUUCGUGGCAAGCAGUUCAUUCAGCAUCGGGCCCUUAAAGGAAUGGGUGGUACAGGCCUGGGCGGGCCCUCUGGACUCGACUUCAGAGGGGGCCUUCGGCUCUUGAGGUCUGCAUCAGGGAAGCCAUGCUGCUGAGUGAUGCCAGGUUUGGGUGGAUGGCUUCCAAACCUUCACACUGGUCUGCCCCUUGACGCACGCAGAUCUCGGAGAGUUCCCUGACUGCAUCGAGAGGCCCCUGCCCCGGGCAGAAGUGCUGUGGGCCAUACCCCUCUCUGCUUCAGUUGUCAGGAAGUCAGUGGGAUGGGUGUGUGGGUGUCAAGUCCAACAGAGAUGGUCUGCCCAGCCCUGCCUACAUCCCUGCCAUGGAGAAAUCAGAGGGAAGGACUUGGCUCUAAAAAUUCCUUUUAAAGGUUAAAGCAACAGUAAUUGUAAACCUAUUGUAUAAAAACACACACAAAAAACCAGAAACCCUCCUCCCUUCUGCCUGAUACGGGUUUGGGAAAUGGGCAGCAGCCCUAGCAAGCCACUCUCAGAUGUCAUUCCCAAUCCUGGGAAGGCGGCUUGUGGUGGACAGGUCUGGAUUCCACAUGGCAGGUCAGACGAAGGUCACGAAGCUUCUUUGCAUCCUGAAGAGGGCUGGAUUUGGGGCCGCUGGGGGGUGGUGAGGGUAUUUAUAGCACAGUGAUUGAAAAGGGAAGAUAAUUUGUGUAAAUAUAAAGGACACAUGGGCGGGGGGUUGGCCACAGAAAAGAGAAGGGGCUUUUGAGCUCCUGUCCCAAAGCCUCCCAGGAACAGUGAACUAAAGUUGUGGAGUCCAGUGGAAUCACGGAGAUGGUGUGAUCAUCCCUGCUUUAAUAUUUGCCAGUUGCACACAGAAAAACAGCAAGGGUGGGAUGAGUUAUCCGUGAAAGAUUGAUGGUCAGUUGGUUUGGGGGAUUUGGGUCAUUGCUACCUUCUCCCAAGAGCAAGGACGUUUGCCUCCAGAGGUAAACCUGGUGACACAGGGACCAGUGGAAAAUGACAUUUGGGGGUCUGUUCCCCUUGGGCACGUAGUGACCUCUGCCUGGACUUUGGCACAUUUGACUGCACUGGAUUUGGGCUUCAUCGAGUCAGAGGCUCCUGGGGGAUGGGGGCCAAAUAUGCAGCUGAUCCAUGUUUGCUUUUCAUCUGAGAUGAAAAAACCUGGUUUUCUUUUGCAGUGCUGGGUUGUGCUUAUUGAGCUAAAUGAGUCUUGGCGACUGAUGUUGAUUUGCCUCAAAAGUCCAAGUUCUGAGUUUUCAGACUGUGUAGCCGUCAAGUGUUCGACAUACUGUAGCUUUUUUCCCUUGGGGGCACAUAUGAACAGGAUGUGUUGAUACAGACUCAAACUGUAAUUUUCUUGUAACUAUUUUGGAAUGAUGCAUAUUUCUAAUGUUUGUUAUACUUGUACAGAGUAUUGCUGUUGGUUGCUUUUUUUUUUUUAAGGAAAAAAAUGGCCUGAAAAAAAUUUUUUUAAAAAGACUCACAAAUACCAAAUAUAAAAAAUGUCAA